AAAAAAAAAAAUAUUUAACAACGAAUUAAAUUUGAAAAUAUACAAAUUAAAAUAUAUGAAUAAUAAUUAUUUAUAUUCUUCUAACAAUUAACAUUAAUAAAGCUAUUUAUACAAUUAUUUCCUAAAACAAUAAAACAUUUAAAGAUAAAAGCCCUCUGUAUCCCCAAUAUAAAAUAAAAGACAAAACUAAAACAAUUAAGAAAGUUAACCAUCAUCCAAACCUCGAAUAAAUAAUUUUUUUUUUUUAAAUAAUUAAUAAACAAUAAAAUCGAGUUUAAACUCACAUAAAUAAUCAUAAUAAUACUAAGAAUUUAAUACAAAAAUAUUAAAUAAUAAUAGUAACUUAAUAGAUUUAAAUCUAAACAAAAGCAAUUAAUAAUAACAUAAUGUAAAAAUAGAUAAUCUAUCGAAUAAUAACUCUUUUAUUUCCAUAAAUUAAUAAUAAUAAGAACCUAAAUAAAAGCCUUUUUCUUUUAUAAACUAUGCAUUGUUAUAAGAUGUUUAAACUAAAGAAAAUUCAUUUUAAAAAAUAAAAAACUUAAUCAAUUAAUCAAGAAACAAUUCUAUUAUUUCUUAAAAUAAAGAUUAAUUGCUAAAUUCGAAUGUUAAAGAUUUAUAAAAUCAUAUGAAAUAAAGUUUUUAAAAUAAAUAAACUAUUAAAUAACACUACUAACCUUUUAAUUAAAAUGAUUUUACUUCUAAUGUGGAAGAAUUAUAAUAAUAAAAUAAUAAUUAUUAAAUUUAAAAGUCUAACUUUAAUCUUUAUUUUAUUAUCGGAAAAGGAGGAUUUGGUAAAGUAUGGAAAGUCGAUAAUAAAAAAACAAGAAAAAUGUAUGCAAUGAAAGAAAUGUCUAAAGCCUUAAUUAUAACUAAAAAAUCAAUAAAUUCUGUUUUAAACGAAAAAAAAUUACUAUCUUAAUUAAAUCAUCCUUUUUUAGUUAAUAUGCAUUAUUCUUUCUAAGAUAGAGAUAAUCUUUAUUUAAUAAUGGACUUUAUGGAAGGAGGUGAUCUUAGAUAUCAUAUAGCAAAAUAAAAAAGGUUUACAGAAGAAUAAACAAAAUUUUUCGUAGUAAAUAUAUUACUUGGAUUAGAAUAUUUACACAAAAGAAAUAUAAUUCAUAGAGAUAUAAAGCCUGAAAAUUUAGUUCUUGAUAAUUAAGGUUAUGUUAAGAUUACUGAUUUAGGAAUUGCAAGAGAUUGGAAUCCUGAUAAUUAAAAUGAUACUUCAGGGACUCCAGGAUAUAUGGCACCCGAAGUAAUGUGUAGAUAAAAUCAUACAUUUGCAGUUGAUUAUUUCGCUUUAGGAGUAAUAGCAUUUGAGUUUAUGUAAGGAAGGGUAUUUAUUAUAUAUACAUUUAUUUUAUUUAAAAUUAAAUAUAGAGACCUUAUUUAGGAAGAUCAAGAUAAGAAAUAAAAAAUCAAAUUUUAGCGAAGAAAAUACAAAUAAAACAAAGUGAAAUUCCAAACGGAUGGUCUUUAGAAGCUGCGGAUUUUAUAAAUAAAGUUAUUUUUUUUUUGUUUAUUUUAUUGGAAAAAAAAUUAAUAGAUGAUUGAAAGAAAACCAGCUUAAAGAUUAGGAAUAAAUGGGCCUGAGGAAGUCAAAAAUCAUCCCUGGAUAAAAAAUUUUCCUUGGAAAUAAUUAUAUAAAAAAGAAUUAUUAGCUCCUUUUAAACCUUCAUAAAAAGAUAAUUUUGAUUUUAAAUAAUAAAUAUCAGUUGAAGAUGAAUAAGAAUAAUAAUUAAUUUAAUAAAACACUAUCUUAUUAAGAAAACCUGAAGUUUAGAGUCUCUUUGAAGAAUAUGAUUUAGAUAAUACUUAAAAUAUAUUAAAAAAAGAUAUAUAUAAUUAUGAUUAACUUUACUAUUUCAUAAUGACUCCAUCUACAGGCCACUUCUAAUGGAUAUUCUUCGAAAUCAUUAAUUUUUGA